AUGGUUAUCCGAAAACAUGGUGAGGACAUCUGGGAAGCGGCAGUGUAAGUUUUAUAUACAUAUUCUUUCAUUAGUCUGGCUAAAAAACCCCCCUAGAACGCCUUAUAUCCAUGCAACUUCCAACUCUUUUUCAGCAUCAACGCAGGCUUAGAAUAUGGCAAAGAAGCGAUUGUCGGGCAUUACUACACCGACACCGAGACCAACCUGUUGGUCGACAGUGUCUGUCAUGCCAUUGGGAUGCAGAAUGAAUCUCUCUGGGAAGAGUAUGGCCAUUUUCUGGUCCACUUCCUACUGGAGAUCGGUUGGGAUGAGCUGUUAUCGUGUGUUGCUCCGGAUCUCAAAGGUUUUAUCGACAAUCUCGACUCGAUGCAUUAUUUUAUCGACCAUGUUGUCUAUAAGGCAAAUUUGAAAGGCCCCUCGUUUCGAUGUGAGCAAGAGGAAAAUGGCACGAUCACAUUGCAUUAUUACUCAGAGAGGUCUGGGUUGUUUCCCAUUGUAAAAGGUGAGGAAUUGGCUUUGAAGCGAAUCAAAAAAAGCAUUAAUUUUCAAGGCGUUCUAACCGAAAUUGCCCGUCAACUCUUCAAUCAAGACAUUCGAAUUUCUGUGGCCAGUCGCAAGCAGCGAAUUGUUCAACUUUCAACCGGUGAACGAUGCGAAGAGCACGUCACUUUUUCAAUCCGCGAUGCUAUAAAGCCUUCGUUUGCUGUGCAGAAUCAUCACACAGCGAGGCCGGGGGUUACAAGUGAUUUUGAACAAGUGGCCGAGAGGAAUCGGGUGGAGGCGGUCGAACCUCAACUCAAAGUCAACCAAGGGGAGUUCUGCAACCUGGCGCCGUAUCAUUUCAUCAUCGACAAGGAAGGGAGGCUGGUUCAAAUGGGGAACGCGUUGUGGUAAGUUGCACGUGUAAGGCGGGAUUUGACUGGUUUGGAGACAUGUUAAGGCAUAAUACUUGAUAGAGCAGCAGAACCCCCAUGUAGAAGCAACACGUAUUGUUGCAAGGAAACGAUCAUUACAUACAGUGACGGACUUGAUCCAGUGGCAAAAAAUGUACCAUUAAUGCCAUUUAGCAUACAGGAAGAAUCAAAAAUGUAGCAAAAUACCUCCCUCUCCAAGUGAAAAAACUCCGAUUUCAAAAGCGCGCCCGCUCUUUUUGUGAGGAACAGGGCGCGCCCUUCAAAACUGGAGAGGGAGUCAUUUUGCUACAUUUUUGAUACUUCCCGGAUGCAAAAUGGCACGUUUUUUUGCCACUGGAUCAGUCCAUGACUGUAUACUGAACGCUGUUAUUCCAGCGAAUACGUAAUCGAAGCCCACACCCAUGCCGGAACGCCAAUCGCUCGGAUCUUCGAGAUCCACCGCCCUCUCAUAACCCUCGACUACGAAAACAUCAACAACUUCAUCAACGGCGUUUUCAUUCUUCAAGUUCGCACCUCCCCUUUGCAAACCACGGCUAUAGUCGCCAACGAAAUCGCAGCCCCGAAAACGGUUGUGUCGUUUGAAGGUUCGGCCGAAUUAAUGUCGCAUACUCAACACAUGAAGUUAAAAGGCCAAAUGAUGUUGAUCGAGGGCAAGGAUGAGAUUAUUUUCAUGGGAUCUCCGUUUGUUUCCUCCGUUAACGACCUUUACAAGUAUGGAAUGCGAUUGAGUGAGAUCUCAAUGCACGACGCAACUCGAGAUCUCAUGUUUUUGAAUGAAACAAGGACUUCGGAUAACAAGGAGGAGAUAAUCUUGGCCGAACAAGCGAUUGGGGCUGAUAGAUUGGAGGAGGAGCUGGUUAGGGCUGAUGAGUUAUUGGAACAGCUGAUCGGAGAGACCUUUCCAAGGUCCAUGAUGAAACAGGUGUUGAAUAAUAGCAUCUGGGAUGCUCGUAAGUUCAAGAACAACAUCUGACUGUUACAAUUUUCCAGAAUCUUUUGAAAGCGCGACAAUAAUGAUGGUCGACUGUCCAUUGGUCAACAAACUUCUACACCAAUGCAAACCCACUGAACUAAUGGAGACCAUCAACGAGCUCUUCGACAAAUACGAUCGUAUUAUCAAAAUCCACAAUGGCUAUAAAGUCAAUGUGGUUGGGGAUUCGUUUAUGGCUGUUUGCGGAGCUCCCGAACCAGUGGAGUCGCAUUGCGAGAAAAUGUGCCACAUCGCCUUGGGGCUUCAAUGGGAGACUCAUUGCACGUUGGACAAGAAUAAUGAGCCGUUGACAAUGCGAUGUGGAAUUAGCACUGGAAGUAUUGUUGCUGGAGUUACCGGCGGCAAGACGCAACGAUACUGUGUUUUUGGGGUGACUGUAAGAGAGUGUGCGCAGAUGUUGGCGCAAUGUCCACCGGGAAGGGUUCAUAUUUCGUCGGAGGCUGUGCUGUAAGUUGAUGUGCCAAUGGCUACUUGCUUAUUUCUUUGGCCUUAUUAGGCGAUAUAUUUACAUAUGUAUCAGGUCGUCCAGAAAGUUCGUUCGUCAUCAAAUAAAUAGAUACCCUUUGCUAUACAACAAACAAUCCUUGUAAAACAAAGCAAUGAAAAAACGAACGAACUUUCUGGACGGCCAAUUAUGUAAAUAUAAAAUAACUUUCAGAGCGGCCGAAAGAACCGGUAGAUUUGAGUUCCUCUCUAGAGGAAACGUCUUUGUCCGUGGCCUCGGAAUUCAAGAGACGUUUUUCCUGAUCAAGAGCUUCAAGAAGUCAGUGUGGGAAAUUAUCGGAAAAGAGAGAGGUAAAGAAUAUUGUUAUUGACCAAAUAGCGUAUCAAACUGUAAAAGAAGAAACGGUCUUCGUAUUUCAACGGCGGCUUGAUUGGAUAACUGUUAUAUUGGAAAUUCAGGAGUAUUUCUUUAAGUACAGCCUAUACAAGCAAAGGCUGUACCCAAAGAAAUAAAGGUACAGCCUUAGGGCAUCUUUGUUGGGAGUCAACUUCUUUAACAUCCUCAUUUCAGAUGUUAACGUCCACUCAAUCGACGGCUACGCCGAACUGUUUGCCGGACUCAAAAAUGACGUCAAAUUGAUGAGAGAAUUGGAGAAACCCGACUCCGCCAUGUGCCGCGUCUUGUGA